AUGUCCGCCCCCGAAGUCUUCCAGCUCUCCCUCGGCCCGCUCAGCGGUGUCGCUUUCGGCCCUGACCGCCAGCGUGAGCUCUGGUCGGGCGACAACUGGACGCUCGAGGCAACCCUCGCCGAGGACCGCAACGCGUACGUCUGGACGCAGGGCGCGGAUGGUCAGUGGAAGCCCGCGCUCGUUCUGCUCCGUAUCAACCGUGCCGCGACGUGUGUGAAGUGGUCUCCGAAGGAGGACAAGUUUGCCGUCGGCUCCGGCGCGCGCGUCAUCGCCGUGUGCUCCUUUGACGAGGAGAACAACUGGUGGGUGUCGAAGCACAUCAAGAAGCCUCUGCGCUCGACCGUGCUCUCGAUCGACUGGCACCCGAACAACGUCCUCCUCGCUGCCGGCACGGCGGACGCGAAGGCCUACGUCUUCUCUGCCUUCAUCAAGGGCAUCGACGCCAAGCCCGAGCCCACCGUGUGGGGCGACAGGCUGCCGUUCGGCACCAUCUGCGGCGAGUUCAAGUCUCCCAACGGGGGGUGGGUGCACGACGUCGCGUUCUCGCCCUCAGGCAACGCACUCGCGUUCGUGUCGCACGACUCGAGCGUCAAUGUCGUCUACCCGUCUGGGCCUGGGCAGCCGCCGGCCGCCUUCAUCGCGGUCCGUACCGAGACCCUGCCCUAUCUCGGGGUGACGUUUGUGAACGAGACACAGCUCAUUGCGGCGGGGCACGACUGCCAGCCCACCGUGUUUGCAGGGGACGAGAACGGCUGGGCCUUCUCGCACUCGCUCGACGACCCCGCCAGCGCCGGCAGCAGGCUCACGCCGCAGCCGACGGGCGCGUCUGCGCGCGGCCCAGGCCGGCUCAACAACGAGGCGUUCAACCUCUUCCGCGCGGCCGAUUCGCGCGGCCAGUCCGGCGCCGCGCCCACGGCUAAGAGCGGAAGCGUCCCCGGCGCGCCGCAGGUGAAUGCGGACGGACACCUCCUCACCGUGCACCAGAACUCGAUCACUUGGAUCGAGCCCUACGAGUGGGCUCAGAGCGGCGACGUCGCUCGCGUCACCACCGCGGGCAAGGAUGGACGCCUCGUCAUCUGGCCCGUCACGGGUAAGGGCGCCGGUGGCCUCGCCGGCCGCAUGGGCAACCUCCACGUCUAA